AUGGCGCUGAGCGCGAUCGCCGGAAGGAUGCCGCCGUGCUUCUACGGGGUGGCGGCGGCGCUGAAGCGGCGGGUUCUGCCCCUGGAGUCUGGCACGGCUGCCACGCCGCCCACCCUGCUGGUGGUCCAGAUCUGCAGGAGGAUCAGCCCCGACAGGCGUGCCGCAGUGUCGGCCCACGAGCUGAUGGCCGCGGUGCGCCGGGACAGGGCCCUGGCCUGUCUGCUGUUCCCCGCCCCGGAGGUGCGGGGCAUCCUCGCCAGCGAGGAGCGGGCGGCGGACGCGGUGGACGCCGUGUUCCGAGAGGUCGCCGAGGGCGGGCACCGCGCCCGCAUGUCCGACCUCGCGGCCUACCUGGACAGCCAGCGCUACCUGCGGCUCUGCGAGCAGAUCAUCGACAGGAGCAGUGCCCUGGAGCCGAGGCGCGCAGGGUCUUCGGCCUGA